GAAGAACAAGAUGCCGCCAAGAAAACAACGCAUUAUAAAUACAAAGAAGAGGAGAAAUCUUACUUUAUGACAUUUCUCUCAUAACAGUUUAAAGUUCUGUUCAAACAUAUUGAACAGAAUAAUGUUAACCUAAAUCUUCCUUAUCAAUGAUAACUUUUGUUAGCAGGCUGGGUGCAAUCAACUCAUCAUAGUCAUAGCCAGUCCUACAAACACCGAGGUUAACAGUAGAGUGGGGAUACUUCAUUGUUAAUUUACCCGCCACACAGUAUCGAGGGAGCGACAUUUUUUUCCAACCCAGCAAUGUUUACAGAUGUCUGAGUCUUUUUAACGAAAUAGUAAUAUGGACAAACAUGCAAGAUCAACAACUUAUAGAAUCUUUGCCAGAAAUGGUAGCCGAAGAUAAGGUCAAAAGAUAAAUUGAAAUUCUUUUUCAGUAGCAGUAUUGUUUGUAACACUAAGUGAAAGUGAGAACACCAAACGUUAUCGAAAAGGGUGAAGUCACCCUUUAAGAAUUUUAUUUAACUGAAGAAGACGUAACAAGAGCGACCAAACAUGGAAAUUGAACCAAAAGCCAGACUGGCAACUAAAGAUCAAAUUAAGUUGCCGCCACUCAGCGUAUACCAGGUACAUGCAAAUACUCUUCUUUUUUUAUUCUAACGUCCCAGUUAACAUUACAUGAACAGAGAGAUAGAACGGGGGGGGGGGGAGAGACAGACAGCUAGUUAGAUAGAUCACAAACAGAAGCGCCUCGCCACUCCUGAGUGUUGUGCCCCUUGCAAUUUUUUUUUUUUUUAAAUUAAAUUAAAUUUUCCACAUCACAACCUUGGGCCCUUAAAAUAUCUGAGACGUCAUGCAGUCACAAGGUUUGCAGGUCCUACUCGACGCCCUGUCCGAGACGUCAUGCAGUCACAAUUUUAGUCUUAGAGAAAGUAUUGCAAGAGAUUCUAAGAUGUCUCAUUCAGCUAUGAUUUUCAAAACAUCAAAUACUGACCAGUCCAUGACUUUUUGAAAUUCAAUAUCAGCUGCCUUUAGAUGUCUUCUAAGCCUUGAUAUUUCUUUUAAAAGUUCAUCUUCUCUAAACUCAUCAUAGAAAGAUGUUAAUUUUGGAACGGUCACCAAUAACCCUUCUUCACUUGCUGAUAAUAGACUCUUGGGUUGAACAGCAACAAACAUUUCUGCAACUUCCUUGAUCGCAGAUGAUCUGAUCUGGGAUUCAGCAUGAAAGCUAUCAAUACACUCCAGCGACUUCCUACUGUUUUCUUCUCGCAGAGAAAGUUCAGCAUCUAUUAAUUGUUUUUCUGCCAUUCUCCUAAACUUUAAUCUUCUCUUUACCGAAAUUCCAUCUUCAUCUAAUCUGGGAUUCAGCAUGAAAGCUAUUAAUACACUCCAACGUCUUCCCACUGUUUUCUUCUCGCAGAGAAAGUCCAGCAUCUAUUAAUUGUUCUUCUGCCAUUCUCUUCUUAAACUUUAAUCUUCUCUUUACCGAAAUUCCAUCUUGGUCUGAUUUUAAAAGUGCCUUUUCAAUAGCAUGUUCCACCCAGUGACAGGGCUCCUCGUGCAGAAACAAUCUUAAGGCCUCAAGGUUGGUCACCACUUUGUCAAGAGUAAAGCCUUUAAUGUGUAGAUACUGCAGUGUAAGAUUAACGUCCUCUAGUAGGUCAGCCAAAAUGUAAAGGUAGCAGAUAAACAUGAAAUCACAUUCAGCCUAGGACUGAGCUCACCGCGCUGUACAUAAAAUAUUAGCAAACAUUAUCAUGACAAUAAAAAUAACAUAAAUUUGUUUAAUUAAAACAGCUAUAUAACAAACAAAAAAAAACAAAACAAAUGUGUAUUCACAGCACCCACCCCAGAACUUUUACAUGUCAAGCCAUGGACGGCAACCAACAGCAUCGUUUAUCGGCAAUUGGGGGGAAUCAGUCGGGAUAGUAGAGUUUAAAGAGAUGUGUUUUGGGUGCAGUUUUGAAGGCCUGUAUGGUCGGCAUAUUGCGGAUGUGUAGUGGGAGAGAAUUCCAUUGUUUGGGGGCGCAGAUAGAGAAAGAUCGUUCACCAUAUGUUUUAGUGAGUGUUCUGAGAACAGAAACAAUAUGCGUGUCUGUGGAGGAACGAAGGUUUCGAAAAAGUGCAUACACAGUAAGAAGUUCAGUAAAAUAGGAAGGGCAGGAACCAGAGAAAAAGUUUUGAAGGAGAACAGACAGAUUGUAAUCAAUGCGUGCCUCUAUGGGGAGCCAAUGAAAUGAGUGAAGUAGUGGAGUGACGUGAUCAUGUUUCUUUGCCUUGAGAACUAACCUAGCAGCUGAGUUUUGAACUUUCUGCAGUUUUUCUACGAAAUGUUUGGAUGAACAUGACAGAAGAGAGUUACAGUGGUCAAGACGAGAGAAAACAAGAGCACAGACUAGAGUUUUUGUUGCGCUGACUGUGAGGUAGUGGCGGAUGGAGCUGAUCUGACGGAUAGCGGUGUAUGGAGAUCGACAGAUGUGAGAAAUGUGAUUGUUGAGAGACAUGUUGUAAAAAAGAAUGUAACCAAGAUUCCUAGCAGAGGUUGUGAGCUCUAUAUCGGAGCUACCUACAUGCAACGAGAUAGGGAGAGCUGGGCUAGAGGAUGAUUCAUGUUUGUGAAUGAGGAUUGCUUCAGUUUUGUCAAUGUUUAGCUUUAACUUGUUGAGAGUCAUCCACGACUUGACAUCACCAAUGCACUCCUGCAAGCUGUAUAGCUGCAUGCAAUCUACGAAUGACUGGCUCUCAACAGUAUGCCUCCCGAUCAAGAGGAGAAGUGGCGUGGUAUACAUUGUGGUAUACUAGGCCCAAAACGGACCCCUGCGGCACUCCGUACACCAAGUCAGCACUGCCGGAGAGACAGCCAUCAGCAGCGACCGCCUGCUUUCUAUCGGAGUGGUAGGACUGAAACCAAGCCAAAACUAAACUUGAAAUUCCAAAUUAAUUUUCAAGGGUUUUGUAAAGGGUCUGAUGUUCAACGGAACGAUAUCAAAGGCCGCACUGAGUCUAAGAGGAUCAGGACGGACUCAGCACCGCUGUCCAAUGCAAGCAAGAGUUCACUGCUGACUCUCAAGACUGUGCUGUGAAUAGGUCUAUAGGCCGACUGAUUAGGACUGAGAAGAGAGUGGUCAUUCAAGUAAGCGAAAAGCUGAUUUAGAACUAGUUUUUCAAUGACUUUAGAUACAAAUAAUAAAUUAGAUACCGGUCUAUAUUUUUUUCAAAUUAAUUUGAUCAAGACCAGACUUCUUAAGUAAUGGUUUGAUGACAGCUUUCUUACAAAGAGAGGGAGCAAUGCCAGAAGACAAGCUCUCAUUGACUAUAUUGGUUGGGAGCAAUUGAUCCAACGACUCAACCAACAGUGGAGUGGGAAUGGGGUCGAGAGAACAUGACGUAGAUUUAGAUUUUAGAAUUCACUUUGACCUCUCUGGCAUUUCAGAAACUCCUGCGACGUCGCUUGGGGCCGGGGCAAGUUGUAUCAUGGGGCCCAUCGGCUGCGUGGAGUGUAUGAGCCUGCUGCCUUGAGCAACAGUGGAUUCCACAUAAAAUUGUCGUCCAGGCCAUUUAAAUUAUAAUAUAGGCCUAAUAUUUAUUGAACCAAAUAACUGGAUGAUAAAACUACUGGACUGGCAGAGUGCCCGGGGCCGUUGCGUGACUUUUGGAAGCCCCAGCGGGUUGUUGGUUUUGUACCCAUUGCAUUCGAGAAUGAUAGAUUUAUUUUUUCCUCAUCACAACUUUGGGCUCCUCAUUAAAAAUCCGUGGCCGAUGCUUUUCGCUUCUCCUCUUGGAGUAACCCUAGAAUACUAUUGUUUGUUUUGUUUUUUCUCGUAGGACCCAAUGCUGCGGCUUAAAGCAAAAAUGUAUGAGGCAAAAAACUCAAUACUUUUUUAAAAGUUUCUGCUUAUUAUAGUAUAGACGAAAACCACUCAAUAAAUAUUUACAAAAUUAUACGGUCAAAUUCAAUGUAAAAAGUAAGGACGUUUUAUGAUACAAUGUCAAGGUUAAAUUAUGUCCCUUGACCGGUUCGUUUCUAACUUUCUCAUGUUAUUUUUAGACAUUAAUAUCAAUGCCGAUUACCAUCCUUUACUUUUUGAGAAUCAGACCAUUAAUUUUCAAGUGUUAAAGUUUUUUACUAAAAAAAUAUAUUAUAACCUAAAUGUUAUAAUUUAAAUGAAUAAAUAUAUGGAUUAAUUUUCAUUUAGACAUACAUUACAGAAGAAAUAAAAUCGAUUAUAUCUCAAAUAUUUGGUAGUCGAAUAUCUGUAGAAUUAUUGUAGUAUCAAUCUACACUUCUGUUUGGCUGUAGAGCUGUGUCGGCUUAUUGGAACGUUUAUUAAUUUUUUACAGAAAUUACUUGAAAGCAUGAAUAAACUAAGCAUUGACCAAGUAGAUCUUAAGGACAAGAGGGUGCUGAUAAGGUAAAUGAUAUCGUAAUAACAUUUUUUCUCUUGCAAUUGCUUCUUAAUUUCCCUGACCUUUUUAAACUAGUUUCAAGGAAUAAUGCCCCAAUGCCUGGUGAUUAUUAUUAUGUCCUUCACCUUCGUCUUCGCGUUCUUCACAACAUAAUACAUAAAGAAGUCGAAAUGCCCUUUUAAUUAGGUUAUUUGUAUCCCUAUUACUACUAUAAACCUUCAUACGGUUUUUCAUUUGUCAUACACACUUGAAAGUUUUGAUUACCUGAUUCGUAAUCCAAAUUAAGAUUUUUCUCAGUCUCAGCGCUGAAGGUGGUACCGGCACUUAACAAAAGUGUCCAAGACCUGACAUGUCCUAAGUAAACUAAGUUACAAAGUUGUUGUUAUAUUUACAUAUAUACAAUAUACAAUUUCUGGUGGCAAUUUCAACUAGUACAUGCUCCCUUCUUUCAACUAGGUGCAUGCUCCCUUCUAUCAACUAAACUUCUAAACUAAACCACAUAUGUGCCAGUUACAAUCUGUGGUAAGAAAAGUGUAAUUGUAAUUAAACAACCCCUAAAAAUAAUUUUUUUUGUAUAAAUCCUUUAUGUGCAUUUUAAAAUUUUUUAUAUCAACCCUUUCGGGACUGAGCCUUUUCGGGGUGUCUGUGCCAAAAAGACGGAGCACUUUUUACUAGGGACCUCGGUAUCGACCGGAAAUACCAGAAGAACGGGUAUCGUAUUUUCGUUGUCAUAAUGGCGACCUCUACUUUUUAAUUUACUGAGGGUAUCGUUUCGCGUUUCAUAAUCGAUUUUUAGCAUAAUAAUAUAACUUUACUUCCGCCAAUUAAUUAAAGCCAACAUCUUUCCUGUUAUAUUAAGAGUUCGUUUGAUUUUUUUUGGUCAAGAUUAAAGCUUUGAAAAUGGAUGUUAAAAAUUGGUCAACUUCACUCAAAUAUAACUUUUUUUUAAAAAUGUGCUCAAUAAUUAAAAAAACUCUGCUCUUAUAAUUUAUAGGUUCAUUUACAACAUAUCCAAAAUUCAUGAGUGUAGACCAUGGGUGGGCUUCAAAAACGAAUUUCCAAGAUGUCAUUUCUUUAAGCUAUGUAAUUUGUCAUCAUGGCCACUGUGCUUGUUGCUUAUUUCCAAUUAUCGAUAGCAGCCAUGGGGUAAUUAAUAAUUCAUUAAGUUGGUUAUCCAGAGUGUAAAUGGGAAAUAUAACUAAUAAAAAUCAUUUUAUAUAAAUAAAAAAUGUUUUAUAACAUAAAUAAUUGUUAUUGGCUUAUUGAAUAUUAGUGAUUUUAAUUUUUGGGUUGGUUGCCAUGGACCUGGCUGACACUGACAUGGGAUUGAUAAGCUCUUGUCUUUGACUUAGAUAGUGAUAGGCUUAAUAAAAGUAUUGUAAUAUUAAUUAUACUAUUAUAAAUGAUUUAAGGAGUGGGAUAAAUAGCUUUUAUUACAACUAAUAUAUUUAUCAUUUAUAUUAGUUUAUAUAUUUAUAGAUAAAUAUUUAUUUGUGUGUGUAUAUAUAUAUAUAUAUAUAUAAUGACCAUAGGCUAUAGGCCUUGUAUACAUAUAGUAUAAUACAAAGUAUACUAUCUCAGGGUUAAGGCCUAGACCCGACCCAACUAAUUUGUAGGGCCUAUUUUAAUAAAUUAUAUUUAAUGAUAUUUUAGGAUAUGUAAUGAAAUUUUAAUGAAUAUUGUGAUUCUUACUUAAGGCAUAAACUAAGUAAAACAUUUUAAAAUAUUCACUUACCUUUGGUAUUGAAAUAUCCUAUAUUUAAUGACAUAUCACAAUAUUCCGCAAGAGAAUUAUUAUAUAAUCCUCAGUUUCUCAAAGAAAAAACACACUUUCUGGCACAACAAUCCAAGAAUUACUUAAUAUAUUAUUAUUAAAGAAUAAUCAUAAAAACCUGUACUUACCUCUAGUAAAUGUCUAGAACUUAUUUUAUUAAAAGCUAAAGUGGAAGUUGACUCUAAUAAUACAUGUUGAUUUGUAAAACAAGAUUACAAACUUAAAAUAAAUGACAUGCUGAUUGUUUUGUUAUACUCAUAGGAAUAAUAUAAUAUAUAAUAUACAUAUGUAGAAAAUGGUAAAAGGAAAAGUGCAAUUGUCAAUUUUAAAUAAAUAAAACAAAUAAUCCUUUUAUUAUUUGUUUAUGCUUAUAAAUGCUAAACAAUUCCACAGAAAAUCUGCAAUUAAUAUCUAAAGAAUAUUAUUAUUAUGAUAAUUUUUGGUAAAUUAAAAACAAAAUUAAAACAAAAUUUUAAUUAAUUAAUUACAAAUAAGUGAUGAGUCAGCAUUUUUAUACAUUUUUUUUAAUAGGCAAAUAAUUUAGUGUUUUUUUUUUAAAUAUUUGCGGCCCAUUAACAAAAACUAUAUUUUGUGGCUUUAUUUAGAAGUACUCUUAUUUAACUAUGUUCCAUGUAAAUAUUAUAUUUUUGUCUCAUUUUAUAAUAAAGUUAUAGGCGUUAAAAAAAAAAAAGCAAAAUGAGGGUCACAAAAUGUGGAGGAAAAUCCCAUAGUAAAAAAGAAAAGUGGUUUUGAGGUCCCUACUAAAAAAUUAAUAACUUUUGAACCACUUGUUUUUGUAAUCUAUGCUCCAGGCUACAGCUGUAGUAUUUUUAUAUUUUUAAAAAUGUUUUGAAAUUUUCAUCAAAGUGGCUACUUUUUACUAACUUGGCGCUCGCAUUGCAAAAAAAAAAAUUAUAAAAAAAUAAACUAAUUACUUUACAUACAUAUAACUAUAUAUAUUCUUGAAGGACAUUGAAUAAGCUAAUACAAUAUUUAUAAAUCAAACUGAAAUCUCAACAUUUAUGCAAAUGAGCUAUUAUGAUUUGCAUAAUUUAUGCAUCAAAUUUUUUGUUAAACUGAGAAUAAACAUGACUUACCGGUGUAAAUUGUGUGAAUUUUUUGAUGGAUUAAGCAUGAAUAGAUCCUAACACUUUUUUUGGGAAACAAUCCCCAUGGAGGCCCUUCAGACACCCCUGGCACAUAGUUCUCCUUUUCCUGCCCCCGGGGUACUUUUCAGUUGCUAAAGACAGAGCAGUCCUUUUCACCAUUGUGCACCCAAUUAUGGUUUAUUUGAGCUGGGUGUUACUGAGAAAGUUGUCUGCAUACUUAUUAGAUAUUAUUAGUCACUCUCACAAACAUUUUAAUGAUAUUUUUUGUAAAAAUUAGCAUCAAGUACUCAGCUGGGGUGCUUAUCCCAUUAGGCAUAUUUUUGGUUCUAUUUUUUUCUAAAAAUUCAUAGGGGUGAUCUCUAUCCAAUUCAGAACCCCUAAUCCUAAACCAAGGAUUCACAACAUUAUCGUAAACAUAAUCAUUUUGAUUGUCUUCAUUACUUUCCUCGUUGUUUUCAUCGGUGUCAGUGUCAGAUUCACUGAUAGACAGUGAGAAAUCAGAAUCACUAAGCACAAUUUGAUCAGAGUCACUGUCAGACAUGUUGGAAUUUCACGAUAUAACUAUAGCCGCAAAUAAAAAUUCCUGCACACAAAUAAAUAUAGUUCACCAUCAACGAACGACGCCAUUACAACCCCGAGAUGUGCAGGAAUACAUAAGAAUAAAUUUGAUUCGCUGGUACAACGCCAAGCCAGCCAAUCACUAGGUUCGAUUUAUCGGGCGAUGGUUCGGACUUUUGUCUUUCUGGCUAAGCCCCCUUGGCUGCUAGAUCUGCCCUUCCGUCCCAAGAUGGAUAAUAUUUUAAUGAACUUUUAUACCACAAAUUUAUUGCACUAACGAUAUCAGAAAAAAAAUAUAUUAGGCACCAAACGCACUAUCGAUAUUUUUAAGAAUCUAAUUCAUCGCAGUUAUCUGGAAUUUUAUUUCGUGAAAUCAGUGGCAUCAUAUUUCCUUCAUCUUCCCCUUGAAAAACAGGAAAAACUUAUUUUUGGUUUUGGAUGAUUGGGCUAAAAAUUUGAUAGAAUGUGUUAUCAUUGGCAACGAGUCUUAUGUGCCAUGUUUCAGGUCCAUAGGUUGACGGGAAGUGGGUCAAUUAGACCUCCAAAUAUUGUGCUACACACCAAGCCAGAGAGAAACACAUGAACAAAAGCAAAGUUAAUAUAAAGGAUUUAAAAAUGAAGAAAAAUAGUACAAAAUAAUUUUAAAAUAAUGAAAACCCAACUUCCAGUUUCAUAGAACACACUUUAACACGCUUUAUUUCAGGUUCCACCAAAAAGAAAAUCCAAACAUUUUAAGAAAAAAAAAUGCCAUCAUAAUAUCCCAAUCUACUGAUAAUUCAACAAAAACACAUACGUCUGUCAACUUAAAAAGUUUGGGAAACACUGCCCUAGAUGACAUUCAAUAUUUAAAAGUUUUAAACAUACUGGAAUACUCUCGAUGACCAGUGGGCCUAAAGCUUGUUCUACAAGAUCCUUUACUCCCCCUUUCCCUGGUCCACAUAUGAAUGAAUUACCCCUUAUAAGUUGUGGAUGCUUUUAUGAACAACCCCUAAUUUUGUUGUCAUGAUGGGGUUGAAAUGAAAUGGUGAAUCAUUUUACUUGCAUAUACACAUUUUGUGAUACAUGACUGCAAAAGUUUGGCAGCUUGGCAAUAACCAACGAUAUCCUUUUUUUUUAUUACAUCAACACUACUUUAUCACACUGACGGUCCAACCAGUGCAUUUCCACCUCUUGGCACAUCUGUUGGGUAGCUCUGCCCUACACUAAGUUAAGAGUAUAGAUAUGCAUAAUUGCAAAUAAUUAUUAAGGCACAAAGUACUUGAUAAGAGCCAUCAUAGCCAGUACAAUUAAUAUUUAUUACUAAUAAAUAAUUAUCAACUUGGGCCCAAUCCUAAUAAAUAUAUUAAUUAUAUCACUAAUGUUAAUGUGGACAGUAUGCCUAUUGAAUUGCAUUUUAUAAUUAUAUGAAAAUGAUAUUCUAAUCAAAAUCAGUUUCCACUCACCUCUGUGCAGGCAAACAAUUUCUAUUAAAAGGUUAAGGAUAUAAUCAUUUAAAGAUGAAUGCAUUGAAUUCAUAUGUCACCAGUGCAAUAAGCCAAUUGAUUGCAUUCAUUUGCCUGUUAUUUGUCAUGAUCCAUGAAAGAGAAUAUCAUCAGAAUAUUUGGUCCUACAUAGCUAAUGAAACCUCUGAUUGAAUAAAUAUUUUUGCAUAUUAUAAAAGAAACAUUUAAAAAAAUAAUUUCAUAUUUGAGAAUUUUACUAUUUAUUUUUCAGAGUUGACUUCAACGUGCCCCUCAAAAAUGGAAAAAUUACCAACAACCAGAGGUAUUAUUAUUUCUUUAAAAAAAAAAUCAUGUAUUGAUUUGAAAUAAAAUUUAUAUUUUAUAAAAAAAACUUAAAUGUUUCAAACUAAAUAUUAAUAACUAAUCUUUUGACAAAUUUUAAAGAGAUAGAACAGAGUAUGUUUAUCAUUUUUGUAUGUAGAAAAGUUUAAUAAAAUAAAAUGUGUUAAAAAUGUCUGAAAAUAGCUGUUUUAUGUCUUUAUAAGCUCAAUAUUAAUUUUCAACACAGAAUUGCUGCUGCCUUGCCGACAAUCAAGUAUGCUUUGGAAAAGGGAGCGAAGGCUGUGAUUCUGAUGUCUCAUCUAGGCAGACCUGAUGGGCGCCCAGAUCCAAAAGCCAGCAUGAAGCCGGUAGUUGCAGAGCUGGAGACAUUGUUGGGAAAGUGAGUAACGUAUAUACUAAGUCAUAAGCCAACUUUUUAAAAAAAUAUUUCAGGGGAACAAGUGGAAUGGUUGGGUUAUGAGCAAUGUUUCCUCUAAGGUUUGUUGGUUCGUGUGCAAAAUCAUAAAGGUGUGUGCACAUUUUUACAGCAUCAAUUUUUUUGUGUGCAAAAUUUUACAGCCUACAGACACAAACACACACUUAAGUGGAAAUUGCUGCGCGGCAUCUGUGAGAUUGCACUGCUUAAAGGGCACAUUGGUUAUGAGCGGGUCAUGUGAGAUUUUUUAUUUAGCGUACAUUGAUUCUUUUAUAGAAAAAAUUUAACAGAAGUCAACAUAAAGCUGUGUGCAAAAUUGGGUUACAGAUUUUGUUCUCAUUUUGCAACUGUUGUGAUUGGCUGAACUUAGAGAGUAUCAAAGUACCUAUAUUGAAUAAUGACAUUUUAUAAGAUUGUAGUAGCUGUUGAAAUCUAUCUUUAAAAUGGACAGGGUUUGGUAGAUUGUAGUAGCUGUUGAAAUCUAUCUUUAAAAUGUGCAGGGUUUGGUAACAGUAUAAUGAGAUUUGCACUUACUCAAACGUGUUAUUUGAUAUUUAUAGCAGAAUAUAUGCCUAUGUAUAAGACAAGGCAACAACACAUUCUUUUCAAAGUUACAAUCAUCCAUUUUCGGAAAUGUUCAUUGUGGUUACCAAAUAUACUGGUAGACAUACGAAGUGAAUAUCUUUGAUAUCCAUUAUACUAUAUGUUUAUUAGUUAAGUCUUUUGAAUUACACAAUAGUUACAUUUAAAAGCUAGGAUUUUAAAACAAAUAUUUUCUUUUGUAGCAUAUAGUUUUUACUGGCCUAAUUUUAUUUUAUGGGAUCAGAUUAUGAGCAGGUUACACAAUUUUCAAGCUUUCCACAGCCAAUACUAAGGGGGUCUGCUAAUGAAAAGACAGCCUUUAGAAAUACUGCAUACAGUAUUUCCCUGACACUUUUUGAAGGGUUUCGGUGAAAAUUCAUAACAAUUUUAAAGUUUCUCCCGCCUUUCAGAAUGCAUUGAUUAUUUUCUAUAUAGUUUGUAUGGCUGAAAUAGGUCUAAAUUUAAAAAAAAAAUUUAAAAGUUGCUUGGAAAAAAAAUUUUUUUUUAAUAUACUCUCUUUUUUAUCUGAAAGGAAAGUCACGUUCCUCGAGGACUGUGUUGGUAAUAAAGUUGAAGAAUUCUGUGCUAACCCAGCUCCAGGGAGUGUUAUCUUGCUGGAAAACUUGAGAUUUCAUUUAGAGGAAGAAGGAAAAGGUCUGGAUGCUGCAGGUAACAAGGUCAGUCAGCAAAAUUAUUAAGAUGUCUUUUAUUAUCUGACAGGUCUAAGGAAUUAUGGGUUCUCUUAGUUGUCAUUUACAAAACUAACAAAUAAAUAAGAUAAUUUUUAAAUCACAACUACUAAAUACUUUCAUUGAGGUAAAGCAAUUAAAACUUGAAAGUUUAAAUGGAGAUUUAUUUGUAUAUUUCAGGCUAAAGCUGACGACGCCUCAAUUGCAGCUUUCCGGGCAUCACUGACAAAGUUGGGUGAUGUCUAUGUCAAUGAUGCAUUUGGAACAGCUCACAGGGCUCAUAGGUUUGUAGCUUUAUAGUACAUAUGGUUUUAUGUCAUAUUUUAAAAUAUGAAUCAUGAACGCCUGCGUAUGUGCUGAUGAUAUUAGUCAGCUUCUUUAGAAUGCUUUAAUAACUAAUGCACCAACACUAUGGGGAUGCUUUAAAUUUGGCAAGAUAUUUUUUCAAAAUAUCUGCAAAAUUAUAAAUUAUUAUUUAUAUUAAAGACAUUAAAGUGGUAGCAUGUUGUAUAACUUUUAUGUAUCUUUAUGUAAUUAUUUUUCUUUACCCUAUUCUCAAAGCUCCAUGGUAGGUGUGACAUUGCCUAUUAGAGCCUCUGGAUUCUUAAUGAAAAGGGAGUUGGAAUACUUUGCUAAGGCCUUGGACAACCCCAGUAGGCCUUUCCUUGCCAUCCUUGGGGGGUAAGAGCAUAAAAUUAAUGUAGUUCACACCAGGUUAACUAUGUUCAGUGAUGGAAUAUGAAUUUUAGCUUCUGCUGCUGAAAAAAUGUAUUAGUCAAGCAAAUAUUUAAUAAACAAGAAUAAUGUAGCUAUUUCAUUAUUUAUCCCAUUUAUUUGGAAAUGUUUCUUUUCAGAGCCAAAGUCGCAGACAAAAUCCAACUGAUUGAAAACUUGUUGGAGAAAGUGGAUGAGAUGAUAAUUGGUGGUGGUAUGGCAUUCACCUUCCUCAAAGUAAUCAACAACAUGGAUGUAAGUUCUCCACACAGAGUAGAGCACACGUCGGGGGGGGGGGGCAACAAGAAUAGUUAUAAGAUAUUAAUUUAUAUCUGCAAAACUCAACAGGUUAAAAAAGGAAUUUAUAAUUAAUCCAACCAAAAUGUUACCAAACUGAGUUGUUUGCCUUGCCUGUAGUCAAUUGAAUCUUUACUGAUUGUUUAUUUUGUUAAGUCGACGUUUUUGCCGUGGAACCGCCAAAUUUUCUCUUUGUCUUAGCAUUUUCUCUUCGGUUAUGUCGAUACUUUUAUGUCGACGAACCCUAUUAUCUCGUUCACAAAAGGGGGCCAAAUUUGCCACUUAACCUCGGUUGUCUUGAUCCCCCAUGACCAAUCGCCAGCUUUUGAACUCCGCAACAAGAAAUAGCAAACAACAAAUAAAUAAGUUUUGCAUAAUUAAAACUAAUUAUUUCUCAAAAUACAGGACUUGCGUUUUAGAAUGAACCUAUUAGUAAUUUUAAUAAAUAUGUUUUAAUGUGAGGUUUAAAAACCCGGUAGAGUCCAUAAUAUAAAUGAUCAUAAUUUGCAGUGUGCAAAACGUUGUGAUGGGCAGCCAUUCACGGUUACUUGCAGAAUGGCUAUGCCAUGGUACUAAUGUCAGAGUUUCAUUCAUAACAGUUUGGCGUGUGCAAAAACUAUUAAACCAUUGGUCAGGGAAAGCUUUAAUUAAAUAGUCAUGUGCCAAAAUUGAAAGUUCAAAAUAAGUAGUCCCUAAAUAAUAUUGUAGUAAUGAGGGGAUGCCUUAUACUUAUAUGUAAUAUAGAUUCAGUUCGCAUGACGCAAUCAGCAAAAUGAGGUCACAAAAUGUGGAGGCUUGGUCCAUACUAGAAAAUACCAAACAACUGGCACGUUCAAAAUUCGUAGCUCAAAAAGUACUAAAGCUAAAAAGUUGAUUCUGGUUUCAUUUUUGUAUUUGAAAUUUGCUCUAACUAAUAAAUAUUUUUUUUUAAUAAUUUUUUUUUUUAGUGAAGUACCUACAUUUAAAAACGCACAUCAUGUUUGUAAAGAAAUUUCAAGCACAUGUUGAUAUAUUGCCGCAUGUUGGUUUUCGUUUAUCUCAAUCAUUGGUUAUUCGACACUUUUUGGCAAACCCCAAGGCCGUCGACAUUACCGUGUUCUACUGUACUUAAGUUUUUUAAAUAAUUUUUUUCUUUUUACUUUUGAGAAUUUAAGUGUUUUUGUCAACUGCUUUCUCUUACAGAUCGGCAGCUCACUCUAUGAUGAAGAAGGAGCUGGUAUAGUAAGAAAACUUGUUGAUAAAGCAAAGGAACGAAAUGUACAGCUUCAUCUCCCCUCUGAUUUUAUCACAGGAGAUCGAUUCGCAGAGGAUGCUAAAACAGCUACAGCAACUGUUGCCAGUGGAAUUCCAGAGGGCUGGAUGGUAAGCCAUAAGGAAUUUAUCAAGAGUUUUAGCCAAAAGUUUAUAAAUUAACAGCUUCAAUAAAAUAAAUUUCUAAAUCAUUCUCAUGUUUUUAAAGCCAUUUUAAUAAAGUAAGCAAAUUAAAUGUAAGAAUGAAAUCACUUGAGCAUACAGCAUCAUCUUCGGUCUAUUUUUUAGGGUCUAGAUGUAGGUUACAAGACAAAUGAAGAGUUUACCAAUGUGAUUGAGAGAGCUAAGACCAUUGUUUGGAAUGGGUAAGUUGAGAAAACAAAUUAAAUUUUAAUUGAUGUGUUUGAAACAGCUAGAUGCAGUCCUAUCUGUCAAAGCGCUGCCAAGCUAAGUAUCAUUCACAAGACACAGUAAUAUCUGCAAAGUCUGAUAAAAAAGACCCUAUGUCACUUGACCUAUAAAAUUAAUUUAAAGAACCUAUAACAAAAUUAUUCUUGUUUUUAUUCAAAUAUUAUUAAAAUAAUUUUUAAGUAAUAUAUUUUUAAUGAGGAUAUUUUGAUGUUUUAAAAUCUAGACCACCUGGAGUGUUUGAAUUUGAAAACUUCUGUACAGGAUCAAAGCAAAUGAUGGAUGCUGUUGUAAGAGCUACUCAGAAAGGAGCCACCUCCAUUAUUGGUGAGCAUGACUUCAUUUUGUGAUGUCUUUAAUUUUCUUGUAUCCAUUCACUUGGACUGUUUCUCAUAUAUGUCAUUGUCUGAAUAAUGAGGUGAAACAUAAAUUUCAUUUGAUUCACGGGUUAUUAAACCAAGUAAUCUUCCAGUUUUUAUUAGAGUUAGAGUGCAUUUUGAUUACAAUGAAACUUUUAUCUAUCGUUUCAUGUAAAAAGAACAUUGCAGUUUUAAUUUAAGACUGUAGGUGGCUCAAAUAAAUGGAUUGUUGCAUGUCAAUACAGCUUACUUGUUAUGGGAUUCGCAUGUCAGAAAAUAUCCUGUCAAUUAUAAGAAACAUGCAAAAACAAAUUGUUGAUCCACAUUUUUAAAGCAGUUUCUCUUAACAGUUAAAUAUUGUAAUUCUAGGUGGUGGUGACACAGCAACUUGUGCUAAGAAAUUCAACACAGAAGAAAAAGUAAGCCAUGUGAGCACGGGAGGAGGUGCCAGUCUUGAACUGUUGGAAGGUCUGUACCUACAUUCAUACACUGAUUGAUACUUGUACUUGCAGCAAUCAAUUAGUCGGUUAAAGAAAUGGGAAAAUAUGAUAAAUCGGUUAUUGCUGUACUGUGUACUAGAGUAAAGCAGGAGGACAAAGGUGUGAAUUGGAAAAUGCUUUGAAAUAUAAUAUGUGGGCCUAUUUUCAAAGCUGGAAAUAAUUUGUUUACCUUGUAUUUCUUUUCAGGAAAAGUUAUGCCUGGAGUUGAAGCCCUUUGCCCACCACUUUAAAGUCAGUGCAGCGAGGGAAUGUAAACUUUCCACCUUGAACUAAUGCUGCAAAAAUUCUUCUUCGAUUCUUUUUUUUUUUUUUUUUUUUCCUUCCCUCCCUUGUUAGAGAAGACAAAAUUAGCUGUGUCUUGCGAUGAAUGCGAGAGGGGUUUCUAUUUGUUAGUCUGGAGCUGGUAAUCUUGAAAUAAUUGUAUUUUUUAUUUUUUUUUUUUUUUUUUUUUUUCCUUCCCUCACUUGUUAGAGAAGACAAAAUUAGCUGUGUCUUGCGAUGAAUGCGAGAGGGGUUUCUAUAUGUUAGUCUGGAGCUGUGAAUCUUGAAAUAAUUGUAAUAGCAUAAAAUUUAGCUCUUAAAUAUUUGUUGUGAGUGUUCAACUCUCAUCUUAAACGUAAGUCCCUCAGUACGCAUGAAUAUGUACGGUUCUGUUUUCUAACAUUUUUAAUAUAUAUAUGUGUAGUCUUUUUGAAUUCACAUUUAAACAAAUACAUGUUAAAUUUAGUAAGAGACAAAACUCACUCUUUCCCUUUUUUUUAAAAAAAAAAAGAAAAAUUAUGUAUUGAUAUUCGACAGCAUAUUAAUUUAUUAUUUAAUAUACUUUUUAAAUUUUUAAAAAAACUAUAUCAAAAAAUGUCCUUUUAAUAACAUUUUGAAUUGAUCUAAAGCUUACUGUUACGAACAGUCAUGAAUAAUUUGUGAUAAACACUUGAAAACUGAUGAUUUUCAUUUUGGUUAACAUCCCAGAUUGUAUUGUCAGUUGAAAAUGUCAUCAUUCUCUUAUUGAUCAGUGUAAGAGUUCAACUUUGAAUUAAAUACCUGUAUCAACCUUACAUGUAUUAAAAACAUUUGGCCAAUAAACUGCUAUUUCAAAGCCUUGAAACGAUUUACACUGUUGCCACUUAUUAUGUUAUUUUAUUUUAUUUUUUUAAAGACAACUAAUUUGUCAAUGAAAUGAAUCGGUUUGCAAAGGCAUUUUUCAACCCAGCUCAAUUUGAGCCAUAAUUCUACUGUACAAAAUUUUGAACAGCUUUCAAUAAUUGAUAGUUGGUAAAUAAAAGAAAUAAAAAUGAGACAUGUUCACCUAAUAAUAGUGCAAUGGGAAAAAUACACAAUUUAUCUAACGCUGUUUUCUCUACUACCUUUUUCCCCCUCCAAAAUUAAAGAAGCUUUAUUAGUCAAAUGACAAAAAAUAUUUCCAUUGUGUGAUUUUGAAAUGAGGCUUGGGGUGAAAUUUUUACAUACAAUACAUUAUUGACCUUGUAGGUUAGUGUUAUGAUCUAUAUUGCAGUGGUGCAAAAAAUUUAUUUAGGACUUUGCCGCAAAAGCAUCAAGAGUUCCACACAAAAAAUCUAAAAAAUGUUUUAAAUAAGUUAGUGUCAUAUCUUCUUCAGGAUUCUGGGAUGUGAGAGAUUUAACACCUUCAUCUUUUUUUUUUCCUUUUCCUAUAAGUAAGGGCCCACGAUCAUUUUAUUUAUCAUUCUGGCUCCUGGUUUGAAUUCAAAGUUCGUGUCCAUCUAUUCAUGCUCAUGUAAAUAAAAAAAAUAAUUUAAAGCUUAUGCUUACAUAAAAAACAUAGAGGAGUAAGUUGGGUGCUGCCCUAAAAUUACCUUUUCAACAUAGAGGAUUAAGUAAGUUGGGUGCUGCCUUGUAAUUAACUUUUCAACAAAGCGGAGUAAGUAAAUUGGUUGUUGCCUUGUAAUUAACUUUUCAACAAAGAUGAGUAGUUGGGUGCUGCUCUGCAAUCACUUUUUCAAUAAAGAGGAUCAAGUUGGGUGCUGCCAUGUAAUUACCUUUUCAACAAAGAGGAGUAAGUUGGGUACUGCCAUGUAAUUACCAUUUCAACAAAGAGGAUUAAGUAAGUUGGGUACUGCCAUGUAAUUACCAUUUCAACAAAGAGGAUGAAGUAAAUUGGGUGCCGCUUUCUAAUUACCUUUUUGGUUAUCAAACAAAAGCCCAAUUUUAAAAACUGAAUCACUUUUUAAAAAGGAAAACUUUGUAUUUAUCAUAUGGGUUUCAAUUUAAUUUGUUUGUCAUCAUAGUAACAUUUAUGGUUACAUGAAAUGGUUUCCUGUACCAAAAUAAAAAAUAGUGGUGGUGUUGAAGUUUAGGUUCCACUAAAGCAUGGGUGUCAAACUCAAUUGAUCGACAGGCCAAAAUUCAAAUCACAUGUAAGGUUGUGGGCCAACAGGAUAAACAUUGCGUAAGCUGAAAAUUAAUAUUUAAAAAAAAAAAACAACAUUUAUAUUGAUGAAAACAGGAAAAAGUUUUAAUA